AUGCCUCUGCUGGUAUUGGAUGGCCCAUUCAUUGUCGGCCUUGGACAUGAUAGAAAUCCACCAGGGACAGUGGAGCAGGGGGUUAGCUUAGCCUGGGAUCUCGGAUCACCAAGCAACCGAAGAGGACUAUUCCCGUUGUCUAAGCUGAGAUACCCAGUCUGGACCCUGGACGAAGGAUGGGUCCCGCCUUCAAACCAAUCUGAUACACGCACAACUUUCUGCUCGGAAAGUCUUGAACCCGAUAUCAGGGCCAUGGAAGGGGCCCAUUCGCCCUAUCCGAGAAGGGCUGAUGAACGUGUGGCGGACCUCGAGGAGAGAAUGCCCACUUGGUGUCACAGGGUGUUUUGUGCUGGCGGUCAUCCAAUGGGAGCUAAGGAUGAUCAACAGCUAAACCAAAAUAAUCCGUCUUGGCGCGCCCGGAUGCCGGAAGUUCGCUGCAGACUGUCACAAAUAACGACCACCCCGUACACUCGACCCGAGCAUGAAGGGAACGUGACAAUCACGUCUGAUCUAUCGAUUUACCGAAUGCUGGUGCGAUCGGUCGAAUGCAAGAUGAACACUUCAGCUGACAGCAAGACUGGAGCAGACGCCAACAGCGUCGAGUCGCGGUCUUAUGGCUGGCCGGUCUCCACUAUAGAGACGAAACACCAGCAACAAUCCGAGACUUCAGUUUUCACGGGUGCGAGUACAACCGUGAUCCGGCUCAUUCCACGUGUAUCAGCGAUAAGCGAAGAUCUCCCUGAGCCAUCCAUGGAAGCCCAGGAGAGUGAAUUCGCCCGACCGCGAGGCCCAGGAACCUCCCGUUCCCCGAAAUUGGGUCCGCAGUAUGCUGAUCAGAUGGCUAAAACCAUUGCGAAUCUUCUGUCUGUCAUUGCAACAAUGGAGAUCGGGAACUCCGCGAGCGGGUCCCUGGAACUUUCGUUUACCGAAGACUAG